CCUGUGAAAACGACAACCAAAAAGAGAAUUGACAGGAAGUUGCAGUUUCAAUAAAUGGAUAAAUUGCUUGUUUUUUGUAAAAUACAAUAAAUUUACGCACUAUGUCCUGACAGAGAUCAAGAAUUCUUAAACAUGAUUCAUUUAUCGAGGUGAAAGUCAUUCAAAUACUUCAUGGAAGUGAUUUUAGCUGUUGUUCGGCCCAAACAGAAUGUAUCUGGACAAGAUUACCGGCCAAAGUUAUAUGACAUUUUGUUACUGGACCACAAAAAUGUUGACAGACAUGGGAAGCAGAAAUAUUUCCCAUCUUUUCACCUUACAGUGGAGAAAGAGCCCAGGGAUCUCAUUCUUUCACAUUUGUAUACUUUAACAGGAGGUGAGCAUGGAGGUAUCAAGGGGGAAAGAGCCCUCAUUGUUCCAUGGACUGGUAAGGACGGACAACGAUCGUCGCUCUCAAGGUUCACGCUGUAUUGCAUUCCCAUAAGUCCACGUGAUAAAUUGAACAGUAUGUUUGUAGAUAAAUCACCAAACAGUCCAGGAUUUUAUUCUUUGGACACACUGCUGCAUUCAUUGAAUUCUUCGUCAGUGAACUUUCCACCGCUGACAAAAACUUUUGUGCUGCAAAUUGACAACUGGCUGAAAGAAAAGCAUUCAAAACCUGGUGCUUUAGAAUUAGUGUUUCGAUCAAGAGCAGAUUUCAGAGUGAAAUUCAGUGUUAAUAAUCCUGCCUUUCUUCCAGUAAGUAUGGGGCUUUCAGAUAGUGCUGGGGCUUCAUCUUCAAUUUAUUUAAGGUCGAUGAUGAGUGAUUUUCCAGAAGAAAUAAGGAUAGCAGCUAAUGAGUAUUCUGCAAAGAUGAUGGCAAUUGAAAAGUGCACGAAGGUUGUGAUAAAUCCAUUAUUUGGAUCUGGACUUGUACCAGGAAAUAGACCUUUACGAACUGUGCCAUGUCCUCCACCUGAUUACAUUGAAUCUGGUACUACAUCCAGAAAAAGUAGUUUAAAUAGCUCUGUAGAUCCAGACAGCUAUUCCUUAGAAGAAAGAGAACUUUAUCCUGUCCAUAUGUAUGCUGCAAAGGGAGACAUACUAAAAGUCCAGGACUGUAUCUCAAGGCAUUAUCAACUCUCUAAAAGAGAUCCAUACGGAUGGACACCAAUUCAUUUUGCAGCUUGGUUUGGCUAUGAAGAAAUUGUGCAGAUGCUGCUGAAUGCAGGGUGCUCACCAAAUGUUGUCAACUCAGAUGAUCGCACUCCACUUCAUCUUAGUGCAAUCAAAGGCUACCCAGGAGUUGUGAAUGUCCUGCUCAACCAUCCUGAGCUGGACAUUAAUCUUGUGGACAAGAAGGGAAGAACAGCAUUUGAAAUGUGUGAGCAGAAGUUAAGUUGGGAGCAUAUACAGGUAGCAAAACGUCUUGAAAUGGCAGCAAGACAGCCUAGACAAAUACAGGUAAUGAUGAUGGAUGGAACAAGCAAAAGCCUGAACCUGAUUGAUGGUGCUAACACAACAGUACAGCAGUUAAAUCAACAGAUGUUGAGAGAAUUUAACAUGCCUGAGAUACCAUAUGCGGACAUUUUUACUAUCUGGAUAUGCUCUCCUAGUCUUGAGCUACAGUUAAAACCAGAGCACAAACCACUAGAACAUAUGAGCAGCUGGCAACAUAAGAUCGUAGGAAAUUUAACUGAUGGGGACCCAACGCAGGAAGAACCCCACCUUAAAUGGAGGCGAAACGCCAAAAUUAGUUUGAUUGUAGAAAGAGGUGUGGAGCAUCCACAUGCUGUGAGACUCCUGUUCCACGAAGCCAAACAAAAUUAUAUAAAUGCAUUCUACCCUUGUAAAGAGCCUGAUGUACUACUUUUUGGUUCCAUAUUACUGUAUCUCAAUCAUGGUGCUGAUCAGCAGGCGGCAAAAUCGUUUACCAGUCACAAAAACUUACAGCAGCUGGUACCACAACCCAAUCUGAAGUCCAGAUCAAACUGGGGAAAUCGCAUCUAUCACAAAUAUCGAGAACUUUGCAACAGGGACCAGCCAUUGCGACCACAGGUGCUGCAAGUCGAGUUUCUCAAUAAUUGUCGCAAUUUGACAGUUUACGGCUCAGCAUUUUUCACUGGUGAUCUACAAACAGGAAACCCACGGCAACAAGGGAAGUGCUUUAUUGCCGUUAACGAUGUAGGUAUACACAUAAUAAAUUUCCAGUCACGCGUAAUGCUUCAUAGCUACAAGUAUUCAGAGAUAAACUGGGUACUUCCGAAUGAAUAUGGUAUGUUGGAACUGAACGUGGUAAGAAAUGUGCCAAGGCAGGGGGACAGACAUAAUUCUCAGAAUCCUCUGAAGCUAAGAACCAAACAAGCUGCCACGAUCAACCAUCUUAUGAAAAAAUUGUCACGUAUAACUUACGGGAUCAUGGCAAGACCGCUCAGUGUUGAAUAGGAAGUGACUUGUUGAUUUUUAUGUGCAAAAUUAUUAUAAAUUAUACUACAAAUACUUUGCAUGCAGAAAUCUCAUUUCACAAGAAAUAACUUUAACAGAUGUCAACAUUAUAUACAAAGUUGUCAGACUUGACUAAAGUAUUAGUUGUACAAUGUUGUAAGGGAUUUUUUGGAAAUCUUUUUUUUCUUCAGAAUCUUUAAAACAAAUCUGUGGUGAACUUUCAGCAACUGUACUUUGGUUAGACUUGAAGAAAGACUUACUUUCAAGUGCCAAUGUGUCAGAAAUGUUUCAUUUGGAUAAAAACAGUUUUGCUUAUUUCCAGUCUUUUUGAUUUGUUUACAGACUAGAUUAUGUUUUUGUUUCAAAGACUUUUUAUGCCCCCGGCAUCUACUGACGCGGGAGGCAUAUAGUGAUUGUCCUGUCCGUUCGUCCGUCCAUCCGAGCCAAUGAAUGAACAUUUGUUGGGUAUAGAAAACAAUAGGUAACGGUAAAUUCUAUUCAUUCCGUAGUGUUUAUUGGGUACUUUUUGUAGCAUAUUGGGUACUUUUUAACAAAAGAAAUACCCAAUAAAGGUCCAUCUGUGGGAAUGUCUGUCCAUCCAUAUGAGGUUAACCAAAUGGGACCGUUUCGUCUAGCAUCAAUACCCCUAACUAGAAUGACUUGAUACUAAUGCAGAUGUAACCUGUUACCAUUCCUCAUCUUCAAACAUCACCUGUCCUCAAUUUGACCUUGACCUCGUUUUGGACAUAGGAUGCUUUGUAUGGGCCAUCUCUUGGUUAACCAAAUGGGACUGUUCCCUCUAGCAUCAAUACCCCUUACUAGAAUGACUUGAUACUAAUGCAGAUGUAACCUGUGACCAUUCCUCAUCUUCUAACAUCACCUUACCUCAGUUUGACCUUGACCUAAGGUCCUUGUUUUGGACUUAGGUUGCUUUGUAUCGACAAGGAUGCCACUGGGGGCAUCAAGCGUUUAUUGAACGCAGCUUCUUGUUUUUUCUUGUUUCAUUCUGUGCACUACUUGUUUUCAAUUAUCUUGACCCAAGUUUAAAAAAAUCAUUGGUUCAAAGGGAAAUGAUUUUUUUAAAAGAUUAAAUAGCUGUAAAAUUUUCUCUGGCCCAUUAGAACUAUUUCACAAACACAGCAUUUUAACUGCAAAAACAAGAGUACCCAAGCACCUUAACUUUUUAAAAGUCUCAUUACAUUGUUUUUAUAUACAUUUGUAGUAUUAUCUUUAUUUUCAAGUUUUACUUACUUUUUAUUAAAAAAGGACUAUAUAUUAUAAUUGUACAUAUAUCUUCAGUGUUCAAAUUUUGUAUGAAAUGAUAAUUGUCAUCAAGAAUCGUCCAGUUGCUCAAUGUUUUGUCAUGUUUUCAUUUAACAAAAUGCAGUCUUAGAUUUAAAGUGUUAUACAGUGAAACCAACUGUUUGCGGAAGUAACAUUAUGUUUGUACUUUGAUAAGCAAAUCUAAAUUAGAUCUUCUUAUACAUGGGAAUGAAUGCACAAAGUUAUGUACUCAUAAAUUCCAGCAUGUCACAAAACAGUUGUAAAAUUGUUUGUAUGUAAGCUCAUAUUCAAGAGCUGUUUCGUGUCUGAAUUCCUAUUACACAUAAUGAAUUAUACAGAAAAGUUAAACUACAUGUAUUCAACUACAAGAAUACUAUACAGUAAAAGUGUUCUAUUAUCUUAUUUUUACUUUUGUUGAGAUGAAUGUACAUGUUAGAACUGUGUCUCAAAGACACUUUCUUAAAUUACCUGUUUUAUUACUUCCCCCUAAGUACAUACAGGAGCUCAUGCCCUUGCACAAAAAAGUAUAGCUUCCAAUGUAAGGCACCUUGGGUUUUCUUGCAUAAAAGAAGGGGGUGGGGGCAGGAUUUCAGCCCCAUUCCCCUCAACAAAAAGUGUAUUUUUCCCUGUUUUUGGCAAAUAAUUACCCUAAAAAUAGAUAUCUUAUCAAAUACUCUAGUAGAUCUAACAAUUAUGCAAACCUUAGCAUUUAAAGAACAAGAUGGCAUUAUACUUUCAAGUCAUUUUCCUUUCAAGUGUAACAUAUUUAUGAAAAAUAUUGUUUAUAUAAAUGACAAGAUUUUUCCCCCAUUUAAGUUUUGAAGGCACGAUUUUGCCUCCUAAUGGGCCGUGCCACCAUUUCCCCAAAAACUGAAAUAAAAAAGUGAUAAGGCUGAAAUACAUCUGCUGUAGAUAAACGAAAUUCAAAAGAGAAAAUUCAGAGACUGUUAGACAGUUUAGUAUACAUGUCAGUUAUAUGUUUAACUUCCAUAAAUUACCGAUACUUGUUCUUUUUUAGGAGUCAGAAGUGAGUUCAUUAUUUAUUUAUUCUGUUUCACAUACAUUAGAACUAGUGUUUUGUUUGUACCAGGAAUUAGAUUAGGCUUUUGAAGCACAUUUAUUUAGAAUAAUAUUGUCACCAUGAUCAUGACAAUUACGGUUUUACGGGCUAGCCUUGUUAAGUGUCCAAUCUCGCCAUUCAGCUGGCUUACCGAAGGUUGGUGGUUCAAACCAUGUGCUUUCCUGUACAUGGAGACCUGCACAGAGCAAAACCUUAGGUCUUUCUCCACCAUCAAAAGCUGGAAAUUUGCCAAAUAACCUAAAAUUGUAAAGCAAAAUAAAUGAAAGAAAAAAUGUGUCUAAUCAGAAGUGCUUACAUUUUUAAGUUUUAUCAUUUGUUGUUGGAGAUAAAUGGGUCGAGCUAGCUAGGAUAAGCUCAGUUGAAUUUGUUUUUGUGGCUCUGUAUAAUUUUUAGUUAACAACUUUAGCAUUUUUGAAAAUGUUCUUUAUAAUAGUUGUAUUUUUGCUUCCUUAGUUGUAAAAGUAUGCACAGUUAGUGAAGUUGGUGAAGCUUUCUUUAUGUAAUUGAUAGCAUUUGAGUGAGACUAUUGUAACACAACUAAUGAUGAGCAACCAUUGUCUGAAGUGGCUCCCUAGUGUUAUUUAUAUUUAUUAUAUUCUGUAAAAGCACAUAUUUUCGCUGGGUCAAAAUUUUGCAAAUUUGAAAUUUUGAGUAUGUUCGCGAGGUUUAAUAUUCGCGAAAUUGUAAAAAUUGUUUCUACUUGAAUUUGAAUCAUACUAAAGGUGAAUAUUUGUGCGAGGAUUAAUUUUCUUGAGAUGUAGUGCCUCGCGAAUAUAGCGAAAAUUAAAUCCAUGCGAAAAUUUCUAUUUUACAGUAUUUACUAAGCUGCUGAUGACAAUUUACUGAACCUUACUGAUGGAAAGAUAGUAUGUCAUCUGUAAACUGCCCACAGGUGAAUAGUGAGAUAGAAAUCUAACUAAGUUUAUUGCUAAAUGUAGAUACAUGUGAAAUACUGUAAAAUCUAUGAAUUUCAUGGGCAUGUAAUUUCAUGGUUUUGGCCAAAAACAGUUAUUUUAUGGUAAUAUGAAUUCAUGGGUUUAUAUAAAUGCAACUUUUAAUCAUUCAUUAGGAUUUAGUUUUAUGGAUUGAUGCAACCACAACAUCCAUAAAAAGUAGUCCCGCAUGAAUAUUAAUGAUUUCAAAUAAGCAGACAAGACAUUAAACGUCCUUUGACUUUUUAAAGAUACAUGUAUAUUUUUUAUCUGUUAUUGUUGGCAUAGUGAAAAAAACAAAAACAACUACAACAACCCACUAAAGACAUUUGAAAUGUACAUUUUUUUAUAUAACAGGAAAAAAGUAGCUGAUGAGAAAGCAUUGAAAAAGAAUUAGAGAAUCAAGUAUAUAAAUUUUUACUUUAAAAAAAGCAAAACCGAAAACUGUCUUUGAGAGUCUCAUUAUGUUUUGUGAAAAAAUUGUAUUACUUUUACAAGUGUCAGUUAUUUGAAUUUAGAUCUCAGUCUUUUUGUAUAUUUCCCUUACAACUGAACACUUUUCCACAUCAAAAGAAGCAACUCUGUCUGUUAAAAACCCUUUAAGUUGUCCUAUCCAACAAAACUAAAUGGGAAGAUUUUAAGUUCACCAGAGCACUAGGUACUGAAGGGGAGAUACUGUGAUCACUCACCGUUUGGCACCUGUCGUUAGCCAUCCAUUCACAUUUUCUUCAGACAACAUUUUGAUGAAACUUAGCAUGGAUGUCCCAUUGAAAGCAUUGGCCAGAUUUCAAAAUAAUUUCACAGAAAUUUUCCUUUGGUGACCCUCUACUAAGAGAACUGUUCUUUUUUCUCUUUAUGCAUUUAGUGGGAACAUUAAAACUCCUUAUGUAUGCAACUGGCUUGAUUUUGAAAUAUUUUUACACAAAUGUGUCUUGGGUGACCAUCAACCAAGAUUGUCCAAUCUAUUCUGAUUUGUAAAAAAAACAUGACCACUAGAGGGUAAGUCAUUUUACACUACGGUAUAUGGUAUAUAGUUGAAACAGUAAAAAAUCUUUUUGUCAGAAACUUCUGGUCCCAUAUUGAAAAAAAUCACAUAAAUGUUUUUAGGUGACCCUUUACUAUGGUUGUUCAUGUUCUUUUAAUUUGUCAAAAAGCAUUACAGUCAGAGUUAGAAAUAGAAAAAUCUUCAAGCAGCAUCUCAUAAACUGCCAGCUCAAUUUUGAAAGAACUUUACGCAAAUGUUACUGAGCCUGUUCAGAUUUUUUUAUUAGACAAAAACAUGGUCACCUAGCUACUAGUUAUCACUAUGUGGCUCUUGGAAAAUGUUGAAUAUUUCUCAUCUGAAUUACUUAUAAUGACAUGACCACACACAUUAAAUUUAUUCUCCCCUUUUCAUGUUGGAAAUUUGAUAGUUCCAUGCUUUAAAAGAUGGAAAACUUAAUUUUGCAAAGGUUUUAAAAACAUACAGUCUGGUUUACAGUGUACAGGUUUUUCCACUACAACUACUACUACUACUACUACUACUACUACUACUACUACUACUACUUUUAAAGCUAGAUUUGUUAAUACAUAACCUGUUAGGGUGGUGUGCAUUUGUGGCUUUUUUGUAAAUGUCAGAAAUACGUCAACAGCACCUUAAAGUGUGGGCUUUGCAAAUAGGCGGCAGUUGUAUUUGGCCCUGUUAGGAUUCCACAUAUAUUUUUAGCUAUCCUACUCGCCCCUGCGUCGGCGUGUGCGUGAGCGUGAGCGUCACACAAAUGUUAAAGUUUGCGUACCACCCCAAGUAUUUUCAAAGUGCAUCGAGAUAUUGCUUUGAUAUUUUGCAUACUUGUUUACCAUCAUGACCCCAGUCUGUAAAAAGGAGGAGGCAACUCUAUCAAGCAUUUUGACUGAAUUAUGGCCCCUUUUCUACUUAGAAUAAAUGUUAAAGUUUGCGUACCACCCCAAAUAUUUUCAAAGUCCAUUGAGAUAUUACCUUGAUAUUUUGCAUACUUGUUAACCAUCAUGACCCCAGUCUGUAAAAAGGAGGAGGCAACUCUAUCAAGCAUUUCGACUUGGAAUAAAUGUUAAAGUUUGCGUACCACCCCAAAUAUUUUCAAAGUCCAUUGAGAUAUUGCUUUGAUAUAUUGCAUACUUGUUUACCAUCAUGACCCCAGUCUGUAAAAAGGAGGAGGCAACUCUAUUAAGCAUUUUGACUGAAUUAUGGCCCCUUUUCGACUUAGAAUAAAUGUUAAAGUUUGCGUACCACCCCAAAUAUUUUCAAAGUCCAUUGAGAUAUUGCUUUGAUAUAUUGCAUACUUGUUUACCAUCAUGACUCCAGUCUGUAAAAAGGAAGAGGCAACUCUAUCAAGCAUUUUGACUGAAUUAUGGCCCCUUUUCGACUUAGAAUAUGUUUAUUGUAAUGUUAUAGUUUUACUCAUAGCUUAUUUUAUACUAUCAAGCACUGAGAAUAGCCGAGCACGCUGUCCACUGACAGCUGUUGUUAUGUAUCUCUAGGCAUCUUUUAAGGUAUGAUGAAUGGAGAUGUACCAAACUCCAGUGCCAAAUGUACAGUUGUGACAGGUUCUUGCAGAUUACAUACUGUGAAAUCAAUAAUAUUCGUGGGGGACUAAUUUUCAUGGAUUUCAUGGUUGAGUCAGUCCACAAACUUUAAUACCAACAAACAAGUAAAACUCCCAUUCAUUUUUUGUUCAAAAUUUGAAAUCCACGAAUUCAUAUCCCCACGAAAUAGCCUUUUUGACCAAAACCACGAAAUUUCGUGCCCACGAAAUUAAAUGAUUUCACAGUAUGUAUUUUAGACCAGAAAUUUCACCUUUUUGUCACUAAAAGGGUUGUGAUUUCAUACUUGUGCAAGUACAUGUACAUUUUUUCAGUAUCAUAGUCACUGUGAUUUUUAUUGCUUAUCCAGAUUUUUAUGUGAUAUCUCAAAAUUCAAAAUUGUAGAAUUUCCACACAGUGUAGUUGUAUAUAUUUGAAAUGUUCUUGUAAAACCUAGAACUGAAACUUGCAGAUAAUGUGUAGCAAACAACUUGAUUAAACAAAUAGGACAAUUUUUGUAAGCCCCUUUUUAAUAUAUAGAGAUUCACUGCACAUACACAUACAUGUAUGAAAUUACAACCUCUCUAUUGAGAAGGUUUUAAAUUUAGAAAUUUGAUUUGAAUUUUUAGUGGUUUCAUAAAGUUACAGUUCAACUAUUUGUUUAUGGUGCUGUCUGAUAGGGCUUAUUAAUGUAAGAAUUUCAGGUUUGAACGGUCAGACUUUGUGACUGGUCAAAGGCCGCUGACAUUUUGUGGUCUGUUUUAGUGCUAGAAUAUUGUUAGAUAUAUUCUAUGAGAGAUUUAUCAGGUAUCUUAGUGGGUUAAUUGUUAGCUAUACAUAGACAUUUGUUAUAUUUUAUAUAUUUUCUAUUUUAAAAUUAGAGUUGAUGUUAAGUUUCUUGCCUAAACUCAUGAAAAUAGAAAGGGCAUAGCAUUUCAGAUAUAAAACUUAGGCAUCAGAAAUUUUUCAUUCAAAACAAAUUAUAAGAUGAAUCGUUGAUAUAAUAAAAUUCAAUUUUGGAUAAAAAACUUCUAUUUUUAGAAAAUUUUAUAGUGGAGUUUUACUUCUUUUUUAUUUCAGUUAUAUCAUUUAGAUAAGAGAUCAAAUUGUUACGUUUCUGUUAAAAGAUACUUUAUUAAGUUCAAGAGGAAUCAAACAAGUGCAAAUACUAUAUUGACGUUGAUGCAUUUUGCUACAUGUAUGAAUUUUUUAUCAAAGGGUUUCAGAAUGCAUCGGUAGUCUUCACCAUUUUUGGUUCAAAAUGCUUCAAGUAUGUGUUCAUUGAUGUAUAACACGCACAUGUCAAAUGAUGUUGGUUUACCUGAAUUUUCUAAUUGUUAAAAGAUAUUUGAUGUUUUAUUUUGAAAUACGCUGUUGUGCAACAUGAUUGUAUGAGAUCAUUUUGCUCACACGUUUAUGCUUGCUUUAAUUAUUUAUAAUGUGCCUGGCUUGUUUCAUGUUUAAGAACAAUGGUUUAUUAAAUUGUUAUAAAUGCGU